AUGGAUGAGGAACUGAGAGCCUUACUCUUCAUCCACAGGAACGAGCAUGGAUUAAACAGGUGCCCUCAGAAUUUCUCACACGAGAAGAUCAAGCAGGUAUCUUCGGUGCUACAAUCAUAUGGAUAUCAUGAAUGGAGUAAAAACCCUCGGAUAUAUACCGCCCUCUACGCCAUCGACGAGCAGCAUGAAAUGGGCCUGUUCCUGGAAAAAGGUGUGAACGACAUGUGUCUCCCGUAUGAUAGCAGGAGCUUCCCGGGAGCAUUCAAGACGGCUAAGUUAAAGAAUAAAUUUCUGAAGGCUCAGAAACACGUUCUAAGUACUCAAAACGAACUAUCCAACGGGAAGCAUCUGAAUGUCCAAACCAUGCAUGAUCUCAGCAUCAAUGUUGGAAAACACCUCGGGAAAGGUGCGGAAAGCGUAGAGGUAGUCGAAGUUUCCCAGGACGGUCGAGCCUACGCCAUUAAGCUUAUGCGUCGAGGAACAGUACUCGACAUAGAUCUGAAGGUCCUCCGGAAGUUUGAGAUCGAACUCCAGAACGCCAAGAAAGUUCGUCAUCAUCAUGUUGUCCAAAUCACCGCUAGUUUCACAGAUGUGGACCAUUUUGGAAUCGUCAUGGGUACUGUGGGAGAGCACAAUCUGACUGAAUAUCUUCUUUCCCCUUCGAAGCAGCUCAAGGUGUUGAAGUCUUUGUUCAUCUGUCUCGCAUCUGGCUUGAAAGCAAUUCACGGUGCUAGCCUGAGACACAAAGAUAUCAAGCCGGAGAAUAUCGUCCUCCGAGGCAACAUACCGUACUACACGGAUUUUGGUCUUGCGCGCGACUUUGAGGGAACAGGGAGUACAACAACAGGCGUGGUAUGGGGUUGUACUAGACGUUAUGCGGCUCCAGAGGUCACAGACUCUUCGCCUCGUAAUACGUCAUCUGAUCUUUGGUCUCUCGGGGCCGUUUUCUUGGAGAUUGCUACUGUCCUAUUCCACGGACCUAUUGCGCAGUUCCGGGCUUAUCUGGGGAACCAUGGCACGACCUCUCUAGAUUACUCGCUAAACCCCGAGGGGCUGUACGAAUGGAUUAACAUCAUUCGACAAAAAAGUGCAGACGACUCACCUCUUCGAUGGAUCGAAAGCUUAAUUGAAGUAGAACCACGAUCCCGGCCAAAGGCGACCGAGCUCUUCGAAACCAUUGCCGAGGACAUGAAGCGAGAUUACACCAAGAAUUGCGUGUGUCGUCAUUGCAUACAAGAGAUCAAGUCAAUACUGAUGAAUCUGCCGUUCGUCCCCAGACCCAGUACAACACCUUCCGUAGUUCGUCCGUACGCACUCGGGUUGCAGCACUACAACCUAGCGUCAGCAUGGUAG